AUGGCAACAGCAGAGACAAGCACAUCUCCAUUACCCGAGGCUUCUCAGAUUUCAACAGAAGAACGAGAGAGGGGAUAUUCAUCAGGCUUGAUACCGGCAGAAUACAGCAAUCUUGAGCUGGCCGAUACAAUCAAGGACAGCAAGUCAGCCCAGCCCGAAGUCGCCAGCGGUCCUGGUGAUGCCUGGCAUAACAAGUCCGAUGACAGACAACAUCCAGACGCAACACCGCCACAGCCCGACGGGGACAGGUCCUCACCUACCGACGCGAAGGAAAAGGACGGGAAACGAAUAUGUGGUAUCAGACCAGCGACCUUCUGGGUCGGGAUUGUGCUCCUGAUUUUCUUCCUCGGCACAAUCAGUGCGUCAGCUGCCGCGGGCCUGACGGCGAAGUCCUUGGGUCAGAUGGAACAGAAAUAUGAGGCGUAA